GUGUCCCUGCCCGGCCGCCGUCGGCUCCCGUCAACUGUCAACAACGCCGAACUGUGGGGCACAACUUUCUGCGCCCACUGCGCUGCACUGAUUUGAAUACAUUUAUUUAUUCCAUCGCGCGUCGCUUCCGCCGUGACAGCACAAAACACGCGCAGUUAUGCGGCACCACGAACGUCCUCGGCGAUUCACCGAGUCCGAACUGGCCUUCGAUGUAAUGAGCACCUAAAGACAGAUAAAACAAGAAAGAAGAUGCUGUGUAUGUUCUGUCGCUGCAAACGGAUUUAUCGCUGAGCGUGAAUAGAAGACGAGGGCUUUGUGGAGAUGUUGAUCGAGAUGCCGUCACUAUCGUGUGGAAAGAAGAGCCCGAUGUGAUGGAGGACACAGAGGAAAGCCGUGCCGAUGAGCGGGCCCCCGCACCUCCAGAGCGAGGGCUGCUCCACACCUGGCAGUCAGCGGGCCCCAGUGCGCAGCUCGGCCCCGAACGAGUGCUGCUGUCCAGGCCCGUCCUCCAGGUCAGCCUGGGAGAGCACCAUGGCCUCCUGCUGACACAGGGUGGCCAGGUCUACUCCUUCGGGGAGCUGUUGUGGAGGGACCUGAGCAUCCCGGCGUCCUCUCCGCUGCUGGAGAACUCUCUGCUGGGGAGGACGGUGGUCUGCGUGGCCGCCGGCGGCUUCCACUGCGGAGCGCUGAGCGAGCAGGGCAGCGUCUUCAUGUGGGGGGAGAACACUGCGGGACAGUGCGGGCUGAAUGAGAGAGGCACGGACACAAGCAUCACGGUUUCAGAGCCUUGGCCGGUCACCGUGGUGGACAGCGACGCCGUUCCACCAGCAGCGGUUCGGGUUGUGGAUCUGGCGCUCGGGCGGGAGCACAGCCUGGCCCUGUCGGCCCGGAACGAGCUGUGGGCCUGGGGAAGCGGCUGCCAACUUGGCCUGGUCACGAACACCUUCCCUGUGUGGAGACCACAGAAGGUGGAGCACUUGGCAGGAAGACACGUGGUUCAGGUGGCUUGUGGUGCCUACCACAGCCUGGUCCUGGUCCGCAGCUUACAUCAACAGAAUACCCAGAAUGCUUCAGAGAAGAGGCAGCGGGGGCAGUCGCCUCACUGUCCAGUCACGGAGGUGGACGAGCCCCCUGCAGCUGAUGCAGGUCACUACUGUCCGCUGGGGGUGGAGCUGACUGAAGUCAUGACCCACGAGCCCGUCUUUGGUUUUGGUUCCCAGACCUCUCCGGGGAAAAGAGACCCCAGACGGAGGCUCCAACCCGGGGAAAGGAUGACUCCUCCAGUUGGGAACACCACCCCCCUCAAUGAGACGGAGGACCGCCCCAGGGCUCACCCACUGCCAAGCUGGAGAACCAAUAAGAACCCAACUUUCCCCAACGAAGCCGAGCUUCAGAACCUCCUCCAGAAACUCUCCAGUCAGUCUUUGGAGAUGCGCCACAGCAUCGGGCCUGGAGACACCGACUCGAUGAGCAGUUACACGUCAGAUGACAGCUGUGUUUCCUCAACUCCUUCCACGGAUCUGUUGACUUCCAGUUACAAGGAAGAUUCACCAGUUAAGAGUCAAAGCCACAACGGUGUAGACGCGCCGCUCUCCUCCGCUUCCGUGUGUUUGGAAGAAGUUCGACUUUGUCUGGCGGCGGAGAAGCCGUCACCGAGGGGACCAAAGAGCACCAGUCUCACAAACAUCAACCAGAAGGGCAAAGCAGCAGGGGGCCGGAGACGCUCUCUGCCAGGAACACCCACCCGGGGUUCUCCACGGCAACGGCGGUCCAGUGCCAGCAGGCCGUCCUCCUCAUGCCGAAGCCGCGCCGCAGCGCUGGAGGAGGUUGCGGAAGGGCUGCCGUCUCUGGAGACAGAAGUGUGGAGCUGGGGCCGUGGGUCUGAGGGGCAACUGGGACAUGGAGAUCAGCUGGCCAGACUUCAGCCUCUGUGCAUCAAGUGUUUGACAGGCGAGGAGGUGAUCAAAGUGGCUGCAGGGUCGCACCAUUCACUGGCUCUCACAGCCCACUGCCAGGUGUUCUCGUGGGGCAGCAACAUGUGCGGACAGCUCGGCCAUGUCAACAGUCCUGUGACUGUACCUCAACAGACAGAGCUGUCCGACGGUCUUCGGGUUUGGGACGUGUCGGCCGGUCAGAGCCAUUCUCUGCUCCUGGCCGACGGAGACUGCGUGCAGCCGGUCCUGUUGUACUGCGGCCCGCAGAAAGAGGCAAGCUCGUCGCAGAGGUCACACCAGACUCAAAGGUCACCCAGCAGAGCAGAGAGCUACACGGUCCGACCCGACCUGCUGCCCUUCUGCGUGGAGAUGGGUUACAUCAGCGGCGUCUGCAGCGGCGGUCAGAGCUGCGCGGCGUUGGCCGACCUGAACGUCAUGGGCUUCAUCUCCGCCAUCCACGAGCUGGCCUCCCGAGAGCGGCGGUUCUACUGCUGGUUGGGCAGCGUCCGGCGGCUCCUCCUCACGCCGCUACGCAACAGAGAGAGCGCGUCUCCGUCAUUGGGGGAGCCGUGCACGCACCUCUUCUUCUCUCUCUGUGAGAGUUUUGUUCGUCUGAGCCUCCUGAUUGGUCGACACUCCACGGCGCUCAGCUACUUCCUGCGUGAUGUGCAGGGUUGUGAUAUCGCCUCCCUUCCCCUGCUGACGCACUCUGAGCACUUUCUGGACGUUUAUGAAGAGUAUUUUUCUUCAGUCGGUGACUUCCAGGUGAUGGGUGGAUUCCGAUCACUCCAUAAACUCUCCCUCGAGUGUUUAGGCUCCCAGCAGGCCGCGCUCGCUCAGCUGUGUGAACCAGACCAGUCCGCCGCUGGUAAAGCUGAUCUGGUUUCCUUGUUGUACUGGCCUCUGCAGCAGCUGCACCAGUACGGCCGAAUGCUGCUCAAACUGGCAGCCUGUUACGAUGUGUUAACUACAGAGUAUCAGUCCCUCGAUCAGGGCUGUAGUCGGUACGACUCCCAGUCCUCAGCCCUUUUGAGGAGGAAGAAGGAGGCUGAAACCACCUCCCUCUUCUGGAGUUCCCACUCCGGGAAAACCACCGAGGUCCUGCGUCUCCCGCAGCGUCGCUUGGUGUGUGAAAGCAGCAACAGAUCUCUGACCCUGCAGAACGCCGGGCGCUUCUCCAACCACUGGUUCAUACUGUUCAAUGACACACUGGUGCACACACAGGGUGCGAUUCCCUCUCAGAGCCUUUUCUCCACACAUCACAUCUACCCUCUGGCCUCUCUGUGGGUGAAGCCACUGACUGAAGACAGCAGCGGACUCUACGCCAUCAAAAUAACGUGUCCGGAGGAGAGUUUCACCCUGGUGGCCUCGACUCCGCAAGAGAAGAACAAGUGGCUGUGGUCUCUCAACCAGGCAGUGGAUCGUGUGCUGGGCGGCGCAGGUCAGGGGUCGUCGCCGGGUUUGACCGCCAUGUCCCGCACGGCCUCGCACACGUUCUGUGGAGAGGGCCGCUUUAAAGACGCCCAUUACACCGGCGCCUGGCUGGCAGGGCGGGUCCACGGCAGGGGCACCAUGAAGUGGCCGGAUGGACGGACCUACAGCGGGAACUUCAAGAGUGGGCAGGAGGACGGAUAUGGGGAGUGUCUAAUUCCUGACAAAGUGCUGAACAAGCCGGACUGCUACCAAGGACAGUGGAGAGAUGGCAAGAUCCAUGGUUUCGGCAAGUACAAGUAUGCCAGUGGCGAGGUGUACGAGGGCUGUUUCUGUGAUGGCCAGCGGCACGGUUACGGCAUGCUGAGCUCCGGGCGGAUGGCCAAAAGGUCUUCCAGCGUUUUCAUUGGCCAGUGGGUCCACGACAAGAAGACGGGCUACGGCGUCUACGAUGACAUCACAAGGGGAGAGAAGUACAUGGGGCUGUGGUCGGAGGAGCAGCGGCACGGCAACGCUGCCGUGGUCACCCAGUGCGGUUUGUACUACGAAGGGAUCUUCAGAGACAACAAGAUGUGUGGCCCAGGUCUGUUGGUGUCAGAUGACGACACAGCUUUGCAUGGGGAGUUUUCUGAGGACUGGACUGUCAACGGGAAGGGCGUUUUAUCGCUGGCUAACGGGGAUUGCUUGGAGGGCCUGUUCAGUGGGGAGUGGACCACAGGGCUGAAAGUCGUUGGAACGUACAUCAAACCGUCUGCAGAUGAACCCGAACACAAAGAGAGAAACGGCCUCCUCCGGGUGGGUCAGUACGCGGUGCCGGCAGGUCAGAGGUGGCUCUGCGUGUUCGACGAAUGCUGGAGUCGACUGGGCUGCGAUUCUGCCGGCAGAGGAGAGCGGGCCGCAGCCUGGGACAGCAUCGCGGUCACCAUAGCGACUGCGCGACGACAAAGCCCCAAUCUCAGUAGGUCUCAGAGUAAAGUGCUGGAGCGUUUGGAGUGCAUUCCUCAGCACGGAGAACCGGUGACCACGGCAAACUACGACAGCAUACGGAGAUACCUCAUCAAGGCGUGUGAGACCCCUCACCACCCUCUGGGUUGGCUGGUGGAGACGCUGGUGACGGCCUACAGGAUGACCUACGUCGGCGUGGGAUCCAACCGCCGGCUGCUCAUGCCGGCCGUCCAGGAGGUGCUGGCCUACCUCACUCAUUUCUACAGAAUUGUCAGGUUUCUGUUUCCGGGGCUGCCGGAUGAUGGCGGCAUCAUCCCGGACCCGCCUACCUCCACACCGGAAAGCAGGCCGAACCCUGACAUGUCAGACCAAAGCGGCGUCCUGGUGCUGAGCUCCUCCUCCUUGCUCCUCCCCCAGCUGCUGCCUCGCCUCUACCCGCCCCUCUUCACCCUGUACUGCCUGCAGGAGGAGCAGGUGGACGCCCGUUACUGGGAGCGCAUGCUCCGACUCAACAAACAGCCCGACCGGUCGCUGCUCCGCUUCCUGGGAGUGCAGGAGAAGUUCUGGCCAGAGUGGACCUCAAUUCUAGGGGAGAAAAAGCAGAUUGUGUCCAGCAGUAAAGAUGCCUGCUUUGUUUCUGCUGUAGAGACACUCCAACAAAUCAGCACUGCCUUCACUCCGUCAGACAAACUCCUCGUCAUCCACAGGACGUUCGAGGAAUUGACACAGGAAGUAAAACAUAUGCUGGACGACAACUUCCUGUUGUGCAUGGAUGACCUGUUCCCUCUCUUCAUAUACGUGGUGCUCAGAGCAAGGAUUAGGAACCUGGGAGCCGAGGUCAGUCUGAUCAAAGAUCUGAUGGAUCCCAACAUUCAGCACGGAGAGAUGGGCUAUAUGUUCACGACACUGCAGGCCUCCUACAUGCAGAUCCUCCAGGAGUCUGCUGCGUAGCAGCACAGAAGAAGACACCGGGCAGAGCUUCUCACGCAGGCGCUGCCAGAACAAAACCAGUCAAACCCGCCUGGAUUCUACCGCUGGGAAGCUGCAGAUGGGACGGACGCACUCCUCCACUUUCUGUCAAAUGAUGCCUGACCCCUCAUUCACUCUCAGUAUGUUACAGCACACGUCUUUCGCCCCCUUCUGGACAAGUUGGUAAACUGCUUUAUUAUUCUCAUUACAUCUUGAAAAAUUGUUACUGUGGACUUUUUUAAUACAUUACAUACACUGUAUAUCAUGAAAAGUAUUUAAUGAAAAAUGCUGACAAUGGUCUUGCAAAGUUGUUACAGCAUUGCAGUUCUCAUUCAUAAUAGUUUCCUCCUAAAAGUUUUUUAACACGGGUCGUAGUGCUGCUACGUCUUGGUCACUGUUCCCAGAGCAGCAUCAGGAGGGAGUUGUUUCGUCUGAUUUGGAUCAAGACCAACAGGUUCAGGCACUAAAUGCAUUAACUGAGGAUUGAUUUUUCUCCCUCAGAAGCCAAACUAAAAACACAGGUCAGAAAGCUUCAUUUCUCCUUUAACCGAAGGUUCCUGAAAACUGUCUGUAUACUAAUGAAAGUGGUUCCAUUUCACUGACAUUCUGUGACAAAUUGAGAGCCUUUUACAUCUUUUGAAUGCAGGCGAGGUUGUUAAAAGCAUUACGCUAAACGGACAGGUUCAGUUCCUUGAAACUUUCAAAGUACUUAUUAUUGAACAACCUUUUUGUCGAACCUCACAAUGAAGCAGCAGACUGUCACUACAGACGGAAUCCGUGUUUUUACUUGAUUGUGCAUUGUGCAAAGGUUCGUUCAUUGGUUAUUCCGUGUAUUAUAUCUAUUUUGAGCAUGUAUGGACAAGUCUGACAAAGAACACGUUUAGUCUGCUCCAGUAAAUCAUUUGGGCAAACUACCUUUGACAAAACAUAUCUAUGAAUUCCAGGAUUUAGAUUGUUGCAGGAUUUGUCUGCAGAUUUUGGGAGUUUGGUUGACAUGAGAGAAGUGAUUACUACUUAAUGUGCAUCCUUUUUUAUUUUUAAGGAUUGAUUCACAUUGUAAGACAUUUUAAACAUUCACUAUUUUUUAUGAACUACUGCACUUCCUUAAAUGAAAACAAAUAGCAUCAUUAUGUUGUGAUUGUGUAUCACUGUGUGUUUAAAUGCAGCUAAUUAACUGCACUACGGAAUGCUUAAUGGUACUAUGGUUUUAAUCCUUGUAAUUGAUCUAUUUUGGUGGGACAUCAAAGUAAUAACUUACAGUAUUUUGUUUUCUUUUAUGUUUCUUGUUCCUGCAAAAGAAAAAUGUUGAUUAUAAUUUGGCAUGACACUGGUUUUGGCCGCAAAAACUGUAUUUUCUUUAAGAACUAGUGAGCUUAGUCACUUUGAAAAGAAUUGUCUUAUUAUUAGAAGCUAUUUUAAUUAUUUAUUAGAGAUAUAUUAAAAGUAUAAAUUCUACAUCAGUGUUGAUAUUGAGUGUCAACGUGGAUUUACACAUUUCUUUCCAAGUAAAGAGGGGAAAAAGCGAGCUGUUGAUGUUUUUAAGAGCCGUCAUCGUGUUACUGUUGAUCAGCUUCAAGUUGUCAGGAAUAUAACAAAAAAAAAACCUUUCAAUAUUCUAGAAAGAGGUGUUGCAUUCAAUUAAAUCUGUUUCUGUUGUUACUGAAGUGUGUUAUUUUUGUAAAGUUUAGUUUCAUACAGAAGUAAGCAAGGAUGAAUGAGACAACAGCUGGCCUCUGGACCGUACAGAUGUUUUCCAGGUUUUAGCCCAAUAUCAACAACCUGCAGCUUUGGCAACCAAACAUUUUUCAUUGACACUGUUUUGUUUUCUUCUUCUGAAAUGAACUAAAACAAAUUCAUGACUUGUGAUUAUUAUCUUGUAACUAAACCUAUAUUUUUGCAUCAUAGAGACAGAUGAAUGGUGCAACUGAUCAAGGAAUGUUGUAGUCGUUUUGAAAGCUGAGAAAUUGAAAAAUGUUUUGUAAGGGGCAAUAAACUUGGUUUGAAUC